AUCCCAUCCACGGAUCCAUUCCCACCCUUGCCCAUGCGCCAUGCCCAUGCCCGUUCCAUGUUCCAUGCUCCAUGCUCCCUGCUCCAGCUUCCAUGCUCCCAAGCCCGCCGCCGGCCCUCCUGCACGCCCGUCCACUAUCGCAUUGUCGCCAAAGCGCUCCCGUCUCUUCUCUGGCCCCUCCCUCCACUUUGCGGCUUAUCGUGUGUUUUUAUUUAUUUAUUUUUCUUUCCAUCUUAUUUUAAUCCAAGUACCACUACUACCACUGCUGACCUUGCACCCACCCGCCCGUCCUCCACCAACCCCUGCCUGGCGCCUCUCGUCCGGACUCGGCCCAGCACUCGCGCGCGCGCCAUCGUCAGCGGGCAAUGGAAGAUACCUGGGUAGAGAGAACCGCCCAGCCAAGCCCCCAGGUGGCCCCUCCAUCCCUCCCCUCCAGCGGCGGCGCACCCCCCCUGUCCCUCGACCGCCCGCAGGACCCCUUCUUCUUCCCUUGAAACGCAACUUUCCCGUUUUCUCACCUCUCCACCACCAACCGCCUCGCCGUUCCCCUCCUGCAACGGUGGGAAUUCGGUGUGUUUUUUUUCUUGCCUUCCACCGAAGACAAUUCCUCCGCAGCGGCUUCGAGGGCUUUUCUCGAUCAUUGCCGUCGCCGCUCGCUUCUUUUUGCUGCUUUUUAGUUACGGCGUCCCGGCGAGCUCCUUCGUGGUGUGCGCAACAAGGCCGGCUACCUUGAGAGCAGCAUCAACAACCCAAGGUUGUUUCGAGGCCGCGACGGCUCGAGGACUCCGACUCGUGUCCAUCUCUCGACGUCUCCUUCGAACACCUUAGCCACUCCUUUACAAGCUGAGAUAGACAACUGCCUCGGUCGGCCCGCCCAAAUGUAUAGAUAAACUCCCUCGCGAACCGCCAAGAUGGAUUCGGAAGAUGGAGAGUACUUCGUAAAACAACUGGCCGCCUUCGUGCGAACACACGAAAAAGCGCUUGCCAACGCGCUGCAGUUCCAGCGUCGCGAGGUCCGCCACCGGUCCUCCCAGAGCACCAGCUCCGUCACGAUCCCGUCGUCCCCCACGCUCCCCGAACGACCGUCCACGUCAUCCUCGACCAACUCGCUUGCGGCCGCCUUCUCUUUUGGAUCGCUCAACUUCACAUCGCACAGUGUCAAGUCGGCCAAACUUGCUCUUACACCCCACCAUCUCUUCUACCUCCUCUCGCGCUUCGAGGAGCUAGGUAUCAAUGUCGGGCCCAUGAAAGUCCGCCUUGAGAAUCUCCACGACAGCAGCUCCUCUACCAAUUAUGUGUCCUUCCUUGGCAACACGGGGCGGUCUAGGAGUCGCAGCUCCGACGUCGGCUCAAUACAUUCUGUUUCAAGCAUGCGAAGCGUCAUGUCCGGCAUGUCUGCCUUGUGGGCUAGUUUCGGCAUCGGAGCCAGCAUUUCUGCCGCGAGGACGGAGCGCCAAAAGGCGGCCCUCCAGGCCGAUCUCAAGUACCUCUACUCGGCCUUUACCAAAAUUCCAUGCCUCCGCCUCGCCCCUGAUUGGCGUGCUCGCUUGAUUCGAGGGUACGAGGAGUUCCCCUUUGACUCGGCCGUCCCCAUCUAUGUCUUCAAGAACCUGCAAGCGCUGGAGAUAAGCAGUAUCGAUUUUCGUCAGUUCUUUGGCUGGGACCGCCUAGCAGACCAACUUCGUUCGCUGAGCCUGAAACAUGCCGGAAUCGAGGACCCCGCCGAUAUCUUGAUAGAUAUUGUUCUGGACGAUAUGGACAAGAGACGCCGGAGGACGUCGAAAUCCCACCCGUCACCCGCGGCGACCUGGGGCGUCAGCAACAGCCCGCGCCGCAGUCCAACGAUACCGCACCCGGAGCUCAUGCGCGCCGCAUCCGCUCCUGGAUCGCCAGAUGUGCGAAGCGCUCUUGCCGAGCUGCGUGUCGGGUCCAUGACUCCGAGCGAGCCCGCCGUUGACGACGGCGACGGCUCUGACCAUGUCAGGACCCCGGGAGCGCCUGAUGAUACGGAAGAAGCGUCUCGGUCGCCGGGAAAGCCUUCGAGGCCGCGCAGUAACUCCCCACCUGGGCCACCCAGCUCACGCAACGCCUCCUCUCACGCGCGCUCCUCUCAACGCAUCAAGCGCUCUGGCUCUGGCAGCUCACACUCUAGUCUAUCGGAUUCGUGGCAUCACCACACCAGGGGCAGCACUGGAAACCUCUUGGCCAUGGGUAUCUUGCCCGCGUCCAAGUGGCGGUUCUUGCGGCACCUUAGCCUUGCGGAUAACGCCAUGACGUCGAUUCCUCCGACUAGCCUGGCUCCGCUUUCCAACACCCUCUACUCACUCGAUCUGUCAUCGAACCUGUUCAGUCAAAUUCCCGACAGCUUGGCAACGCUCACCGCGCUGCGGGCCUUGAACCUAUCUCAAUGCAUGAUCGAUUCCCUGCACUCCCUCAUCCGAAAUCCACUUCCCGCUAUCACAGCCUUAAACCUUCGAGCCAAUCGACUGCAGUCUCUGGCUGGCGUGGAGAAAUUAUACCCACUAGAGAGGCUGGAUCUAAGAGACAACCGUCUGUCGGAUCCCGUCGAGUUCGCAAGGUUGACUGGGAUCCCAGAAAUCCGAGAGAUCUGGGUUGAGGGUAAUCCCUUCACCCGUACCCACAAAGAUUACCGUGUGGCCAUCUUCAACCUGUUUAGAGCUACGCCAGGCUACACUACAGACAUUGUGAUUGACGGCUGUGGCCCGAGCUACUCUGAGAGGCGGAUGCUCAUUGAGCGAGCCCCUAUUCCGGACUCAAUUCCCGUGGUGAAACCCCAGGUCCCCGAUGCCCCUGCAGUGGUGGACGUCAGCAAGCCGACGAUCGUGUACGGUGCGGCAAAGGAGCCCGUCGUGCUUCGCAAGGAAAGGCCGGUGCCCAGAGCCGUGUCAAGUGAGAUCAACACAACCUCGACUCGGCGUCGCAAGGCUUCCAAGAGGCGCAUCGUUGAGUUGGCGCCAAGCGAGCGACUGGCUCCACACUUGGCGGUGGAGACGCGCAAAGAGGCGCCAAGAAAGGUUGAAGCUACCAUCGCCUCGAUUUCACCGCCCGGAAACUAUCGCACGUCGAAGCCAUCAGAGCCCGCCCUGCUGCCCCCCGUGAUUCUCGAGGACAGUCGCAGCAAAGAUAUGAUCGACGGUGGCAGUGCCUCAGUCAGCCCCAUCCCGCACGAGCGAGAGAGCCCAGACCAGAACCCCAGAGAAGGCCAGGACUGGGAUGCCGGCGGCGAGAUCUAUCGCCGCAGGAUCGAGGUUUUGCGAGACCGAGUCGGCAGCGGCUACCUGAGUGUCCUGAGCGAAGAGUCGUGGGACGGAAAUUCAACCUACGCCACCCCCGGAGUCGGACCUGUGCCACCUCUACGAGCCGGGCACAUCUCACAUCACGCGCCACCCACCGCCCAGGCAGUCCACAGCGGUAGAACGCUGGGCUAGCCAGUCCACACCGAGUCAACAAUGCCUCGGGAUCCGACUGCAAAAAAACCUCUCCAGAUGAUACCCCAAUACCCUCUUCCCCAACCCCUUCGCACUUUUGCGCUGGUUUGCACUAGUUAUUGGCGUUUGACACUGUUUUCCGCACAUGUGAUGUUGCUCUUGUGCUUGUUAUGCUGCGAAUUCUGUUGCUUGUUUCGUCCAUGGCCAGGAUGUGGUUUUGACUGGUGGUGAGAUGGGAUGGGUGGACUAGGAUCAUGAAGCAUAGCGAUGACGGCGUUUUGGUACCACAGGAAUUCACACAUUGGCACGCGAUGUGUCAUGCUCGCACUCUAUCGUCUGUCCGCUGUUAGCUCGGAUGAUGAUUGCUCUUGCUUUGUACUUUGCCGCAUUGCUAGUUUGCAGCGGCGCACUGGCAGAUUCCCCGCUCUCGGGCUCGAGUUUGCGGGACGAGCAGUAUAGACUCGAGGGCGACUGUCACUAGACGAGAGCAGCAUUUGCACUCAGACCUAAUACACACUCGAGUAUCGAGCAUUUAACCGGG